UAUUAGUUUAAUGUCACGGUGAAAUUUGUUAGUAAUAUACAAAUUGUAGCUUCGGUUGGAUCGAGUUAGGGAGGAGGGAGAGUUGGGAGGGAGAGUUGUGUUGGAGUUGGGUGUUUGCUGAUGUCUCCUGCAGAGUGUGUCGGGUUUUGCUGGGGAGUAUUUUGUGAGAUUGAUCGUCUGGUUUGCUUUUGUUCUUAAGUUAAAUUAGCUUGCUUCCUAUGUAUGUUUUAGUUAAAUUGCAUCGUUUUGAAUGAUAGAUAUCAAUAUGUUAAAGCCAAUCGUUUGGUUUUUUCUCGAAUAUUGUAUCGGUCGAAGCCGGUUGAUCAAAAGAUGUGAAGAAAAAUAAGACAUUGUUGAGAGGUGGUUCUCGUCAAUUCUCAGCUCUACCAAUUCCAAAUACUGGCUUCAUCCGUGACGAAUGCGUUUGAAGACUUGAUAUUAUAGCGUACCUUAAAAAUUGUCGAUUUUACUAAAAAAACUUCUAAAGCUUAAUAGUGCGGCUACGUUAAUUGAUACCACGUGACACCCCCCACGUGACACCCCCAGACCCCACGUGACUCCUCAGACCCCAUUCAUGUCCCCUUGUUCUAUAAUAGUACUGAUAGUACUGUCUCUUCUCUUGUAAAAGUUUUCAGCCUUAUUGUCUUGUUCAUUAUAUAGAUAUAUUGUUCGCCACCUGGUAUAGUUCGAGUCGUUUGAUUCUAAGCAGACUUGUAGGGCACACUUUUCAGUGUGGGAGUAACAGACUCUUGAGAUAUUUAGUAUUGGGAUGUUCAUACCUUCUUGACCGUGUCUAUAUGUUAUAUUUUUUGUGAAACUCGAUGUUUAUUUUUUGCAUCAAUUGUUACAUUUGUCUACACAUUGCAUAUCUUGGAUUUCUAACCCUCCUUCUUAACAGGAAUGUUGACGAAUCUAGCCUAUUUCAAGCUGCUCAAAUCUUUGCCGGAAGAUACGCUGACUAACGUUAACUCACAAUUGGUUCUGUUAGCGGCAGCCGGAGCUCUCAACAAAGUUCCCGAACCUUCUGCCCCAGAUAUCGCCGUUAACGAUAUUCUUGCUUCAGCUGACUUUCUCAAGCAACAGGGUUUACUAGAGUGUUUAGCUGCACAUUUCCCUCCUCCUUCCAUAGACCUCUCACCAUCCUCCCUCUCCGGUCAUGUCAACCUACCCUCACCUACUAGACCUACUACUUCAGCUCAAUCUUCUGCAGCAGCCGUAACCUCAGCAAGUUCUCCUGAAAGGAACUGCCUCUCCCCACCCAAACUAUCCUCCGAGCAUAACUCCGACCUUAUUCCCACCCUGCUAUCAGAUGGUCAUGGAACCUCUCCCUGUCGUGCUGGCAGCACAUCACCUACAAGCGUGAAAGAGGAGCCUAAGAGUCCGGGAAAUCUGAAAGCAUCAUUUCGACCAGUAACAUCAAAAUCUUCUCCUCCUGGCACUCCGCUCACUUCGACAGUUCACUGGGGAGGCGCUAGUAAUGGACCUCCUCCAAACAAAACGUGCACCAGCAGCACAACAACAAGCCUGUCCAAACUUCAUCCCUGUGAUACCUCCAUACUUAACCUUCUCAAUCCUUACAAAACUUCUAUCAGCCUGGAAAACAAGCUGCAGAAAUUUUGUCUGAGCGGCAAAGGAGAAACAUCCUCUGUCACUUCCACUCUGACAAACAUAAACUGGAGUAGCGGUAGCUCCAACCUAUCGGGCCAACGUCGCUCGUACAACUGCUACUGGAUGUCACACGUCGGGCCCUGCAACCGACAGUUCAUGGACAAGGACGACCUCUACAAGCACCUCAAAUCCCACGUGAAUGACCUUGAGGCACUAACCCCGGCCACGGCCAUGCUCCAGCCGCUCAACCCUACCUGUGUGAACUGUGAUAAGAACAGGGGCUUCACCAAAGUUCACGGCAGAUAUCAACCUUACUCCAAAUGCUCUAAAUUUAGCCGGUGUGCUUGCAGGAGGUGAUGGACUAUAAGAGAAAGAAUAAUGUUCAUGUAUCAGAUCUCUGGCAAAUUGUAACUAGAAAUGACUACGCUUUAAGCUUGGGAUGCGCGCGGGGCUUAUUGGGAAUAUGGGAAUUUCUUACUUGUGUCCUGAUAUUGUCAUUGAGGCCAGGGGGCAGACCGUGUCUUAAAUUAAGGGACAGACCGUGUCAGGCGUCUUAAGUGGGGGGAGGGGGUCCUGCCUGAAUUGUUUGUGUUGACCAACAAACUAGAACCUGAUCCCCACUAAAUAUGCUCGCAGUCGCGGUGCAACCAUGCCCAUAUUUAGUCCGGCCUUUUUGGCUCAAUUAUGAAUUAGGAAUUAUGCCAAAUCACCUCAACAUACCCAAAACCCAGAUUUUGACAAAUUUAUAGUUUGUUGAUCAACAAGUUUCACAAAAAGUUGGAACCCCCUCCCCCUCCCCCUUAAGAUCAAAGAUUGGUCACUGGUUGAGAUCUUCCCAUCUAGCUGAACGUUAACCCUGAGGGAUUAAUCGCUGGGUGAAUCAAUGAAACAUUUACGUUUCUUGAACUGAAGACUAACAAAAUAUAAGUUUAAUUGCUGCUGCUGUUUUUCGUGUGUUUUGAUUUGUGUUUUAAUGUAUAUUUAACUUGUGACAAGACUGGAUUGUUUACAUUUAUCUUGAUCUUUGGGCUUAUUGUGAGGAACAGAUAAUCUUACCAUCUAACAAAUGUCUUUUCUGAUAAUUCGAGCAGUUUUAACUCGAAUUUUGUGAUUGUUUCAGGUGUGUAUUAUUUACCCCAUAUUAGGGGUGCAUCAAAAAUGUCUCUGACUGAGAAACGAUAUUCUAAAUUUUUGGAGGUUUCAGAUUUCAAUGUAUUUUCACGAUCAUUCCAUGGUAAAUCAUAAAUGUAAGAAAUUCCUUAGGCUACAGUCAGCGGAGACACUUUCAAAUUAUGUUGGUGGUAAACACAUUUUGUCUUGAUGUUACAUUUGCAAUGUGCGUAUCGAUAUAGUAUUUAUUGACAGAGAACGUUUAUCA